AGUUUUUGUGGAAUUUCCUGUUUUUCGAUUUUUGACAGACUUUUGAAGUUGAAAAAGUGAUGCUUUUUGCGAUUUUUGCUUAAAAACGCGAUUUUUGGCGAUUUGUUUAAAAAAAAGUAUCUACAAUCUUCAUAAAAUCUUGACGGGACUACCUGGCAAAGAGUGUUCAGAUUAUGUGUACAAAAUUUCAUAUCGAUCGGCCCAAUACUUUUGGUGCUACUGGAUGGUCCGCGACUUUGAGCACGGUGACGGCGAUUUGUCAAACCGGGUUCGCCCGUUGAAGUCUUUUGAUUCCUACCAAAAACAGCUCAUGUUUGAUGAAUUGUUUCAAACAAAAGUAUCAACCCAUAUGUAUUUUUGAAAAUGCCAUAAUAAACUACAACUUUUGAAGAAAGUUUGGUCGUAUUUUGGGGAAGAUUUAUGAAAAACUUCAUCCGUGGCUUGAGAUCUAAGAAUGCAUAUCGCAAAAGAUGUACUUUUUUCGGUGCUCAUCAUAUCGUAACUGCGUGAUGGGUGAUCAGAAAUGUACAAAUCGAUAUUCAUUGAAUAGAUUAUAAGUUUAUCUAAGUAGCUCUGUUGAGUUUUUGUUGAAUUUCCCAUUUUAAGAUUUUUGGCAGCGGUUUGCAGUGGAAAAAGUGAUGCUUUUUGCGAUUUUUGCUUAAAAACACGAUUUUUGGCGAUUUGUUUCUAGAAAAGUAUCAACAAUUUUCAUGAAAUCUUGACGGGGCUACCCGGCAAAGAGUGUACAGAUUAUGUGUUUAAAGUUUCAAACCGAUCGGCCCAGUAGUUUUUACGCUAUGGCACCGACUUUGAAAACGUUGCUUUUGGGGAAACGCUCUUCAAAGUAGCGAGCUGCAUGGAGCCUUGUGUGAAACGUGGAUUUGUAAAAAUCUGUAUCUUUGUCAGUUUUUUCUCGAUUGAUCCAAAACUUUUACACAAUACUCUUGAUAGGAUCAGGACAUUCCCGUGAGUCAUUGAUUUUUGCAUGGUUGUGUAUAGCGUAGCCACAUCGCUUUCAAGCACCAGUUUUUAGCCAUCAGCUGAAUGGAGAUCCAUAACACCAUAUGACGAAAAAAGCGACAGGCUUCACUCUACAAGAUAAAAAUAAACACAUAAUUGUUAGAUGCGAAAACAUAACCGUUUCGGAGCAAUGCAGAUGAAUCGUCGUGAGUGGAUUUCUAUUUGUGCCGGGCACUGUAACGAUAUGUACGUCAAUCGUCAAUAAGUCGCAUGGAUUGAUCAAUAAAAAGGGAGCGUGUAUGGGCCGCCGUUAGUUAAGUUAGUGCAGCCGCUAGCUAGGAUAUAAAAGAAGGGAAAAAAACACACACACAUAAAAGUAUUCCCCCCACCCGCCCGACGAGACGCUAAAGAGUUACUA